GUAACUGAAGCGUGUCGUGUGAAAAGAGCAAACUGCGACAGAACUGUGGCGUCAAGUGCCCUUAAUGACGUCAUUCCGGCAUCUUUUGUCUGCCUCCCAUUGGUGCUGUCUUGGUUCGAUCAAGGCGACAAAAGGUUGACGAAGAUAACAUUAGACGCACAGAUUAAAAAUGCCGAUGUUUAUUUAAAUAGACGGGCGGGUCUGUCAACAACCAGAUCAGUAAUUUCCUAGUCGUCGAAAGCUAAAGUUCAAUAUGAAAAACUUCUUUUGGAUAAGCAAAUUCCUUUCAACUGCAUAUUUUGCGCUCCUGAUUUUCUUGCCCUAUUCUCACGCACAAGACAGUUCAUGUUUUGGAACCACCGUUUUUACUCCGCCUACGGUACCAUGUGUAGGCUGUUCGUCCUCAACCACUCCUAUUUCUACGACACCAUGUGUUUCAACAACAAAUAAAAAUUCGACUACGGAACAGUCCGUGGUAACAACAACAGGUUUUACUCCUCCGACCGUACCUUGCAUUGGCCCCCUUUGCCCUACAACGCCAGCGACCACAUCAUCUCCUAGUACUUCCGCAACGUCACCAGAAGAAUCGUCGUCGUCGUCUUCGCCAAGCUCAGUAACCGAUACCACAACAGAAACAACUGAUUUUACAGAGUCCUCUUCAAUUUCAUCGGGACAAGUAUCAACUUUAACAUCAACAGAUGUUACAUCCUCUUUUGCUUCUUCCACGGAACUUACGCCGAUUACGGACCCAGAAACUUCGACGGCUGAAAUUUCGACAAGCACCAUCACGGAUUCUACGACAGAUAUAUCGACAACAGAUUUGACAACAGAAACAAGCUAUUCGUCGGAGACCUCUUCUAUUUCUACCGACUUGCCAACUGAAGCGUCAACGGAAACAUCUUCCUUUAGUACCUCCACAGACCUUCCUUCUUCUGUUUCGUCAACUGAGCCGGAUUCCAGUACAGUCACCGAAACGUCGUCCACCGACAUUUCAACUGAAUCGACAACAUCUUUCGCAUCUUCUACUUCGUCGGAGUCGUCGACAGAAACUACCGAAAUUUUGACAACUGAUACAACCACAGAUUAUCCAACUUCUACUUACUCGUCAACGGAUCCUUCAUCGAGUACGGUCACAGAAACAUCUUCGGAGGAUACUUCAACCUUACAGUCAACAACGUCUAACACCGAGUCUUCUCCUGAAAUAACAACCGAAACAUCAACAGAUACAGUUCCUUUUAGUUCAACCACAGAUUUUACUUCUAGUACAGUCACAGAAAUUUCAUCGACUGAAUUUUCAACUUCCGAUUCAUCUUCGUCAAGCACGAUAACUGACUCUUCUUCGCCUGAUAUUUCAACUUCAGAUUCGACAACGGAAAUUUCAUCUGAGUCAAUUCCAACUGACUUGACUACUGAAAUUUCCACAGAAACAUCUUUCUUUAGUACCUCCACAGACGUUUCAUCUUCUAUUUCGUUCACAGACCCGGAUACCAGUACAGUGACCGAAACGUCUUCUACUGAUAUUUCAACUGAAUCGACAACACCUUUCGUUUCUUCCACUUCAUCGGAAUCAUCAUCUAUAACAGAAACUACCGAAAUUUUGACAACUGAUUCAACCACAGACCUUCCAUCUUCUGUUCACUCGUCAACGGAUCCUUCAUCAAGUACAGUCACAGCAACAUCUUCGGAGGAUACUUCAACCUUACAGCCAACAACUGACACUUCUUCACCUGAUAUUUCAACUUCAGAUUCGACUACAGAAACAGUUUCGUUGUCAGAGACCUCUUCGAUAUCCACGGACUUAACAACGGAAAUUUCAACCGAAACAUCCACAGACCCUUCAACUUCCAUUUCGUCUACUGAACCGUCCUCCAGUACAGAGACCGAAACAUUUCCCUCGACAAGUGAAUCGACAAUUAUUUUCACAUCUUCUGCUUCGUCGGAAUCGUCUUCGAUCACUGAAACAUCUUCGACCGAUAUUUCUACAACUGAAUGGACGACAAUUUCUACAGAGUCGAGUUCACCUUCCUCUGAAGUAGAAACCACUGAGUCAUCGACAGAGACAACUGCUUAUGGUACAUCGCCAUCAGAUUUUACAUCUUCUAUCAUUUCUUCUUCGUACCCUUCAUCGAGUACAGUCACAGAAACGUUAUCUACUGAAAUUUCGACCUCCGAGGCUUCCAUAACAAGCACUUCUACUGAUAUGUCGACAUCAGAAAUGACAACUGAAACAACUGAUUUUUCUGACACUUCUUCAGCUUCAACAGAAACGUCUUUCUACAGUACGUCCACAGACAUCACAGCUUCUGUUUCUACCUCGUCGGAACUUUCCUCUAGUACAUCGACCGAAACUUUGUCUAGCGAUUUUUCGACUACUGAUUUGACCACCGACUUCCCAUCGUCAAUAUAUUCUUCCUCGGAACCUUCGUCGAGUACUUUCACAGAAAUAUCUUCUACCGAUACCACUGAAUGGACAACAGUUUUUACAGAGUCGUCGACCUCAUCCUCAGAAGAUGUAACAACCGAAAUGACAACAGUAAUCACCGAUUCGACUUUUUCGGUGUCCACUUCUUCGGAACCUUCGUCGAGCACAGAAAUUUCUCCGACCGAUAUUUGGACAACCGAAUUGACGACAGUUUUUACAGAUUCCAGUUCACUCUCUUCUGAGGUAGAAACCACAGAAACAACGCCGUUCACCUCAGAUUUUCCGACAUCUAUUUCUACAUCCUCGGAACCAUCGUCGAGUAGUACAAUGUAUGAAACUUCGUCCAGUGACGUCUACACUUCAGGAACAUUUUCUACAGAAAUUUCAACAGAAACGAUUUUGACCACGGACGCCACAUCAUCUGUUUAUUCUUCUUCGGAACCUUCGACUAAUACAAUCACAGACAUUUCAUCAACUUCAAUUUCCGAGACCGACUCGUCCAGUACCAUGAUCGAUUCUUCAACAUCAGAUAUGUCGACAACAGAUUUGACAACAGAAACAAGCUAUUCGUCGGAGACGUCUUCGAUUUCUACCGACUUGCCAACUGAUGCGUCAACGGAAAUAUCUUCCUUUAGUACCUCCACAGACCUUCCUUCUUCUAUUUCGUCAAGUGAGCCGGAUUCCAGUACAGUAACCGAAACGUUGUCCACCGAUAUUUCAACUGAAUCGACAACACCUUUCGCAUCUUCUACUUCAUCGGAAUCGUCGUCGAUAACAGAAACUACCGAAAUUUUGACAUCUGAUUCAACCACAGACUUUCCAUCUUCUACUUACUCGUCGACGGAUCCUUCAUCGUCUACGGUUACAGAAACAUCUUCGGAGGAUAGUUCUACCUUGCAGUCAACAACAUCUAAUACUGAGUCUUCUCCUGAAAUAACAUCCGAAACAUCAACAGAUACAGUCCCUUUUAGUUCAACCACAGAUUUUACGUCAGAUUAUCCAUCUUCUAUUUACUCCUCGACGGAUCCUUCUUCGAGCACCGUUGCGGAAACGACUUCUACUGAAUUUUCAACUUCAAGUGACUUCUCGUCAAGCACGAUAACCGACACUUCUUCAUCUGAUAUUUCAACUUCAGAUUCGACAACAGAAACUUCUGUAUCAGAGGACUUUUCAACAUCCACUGACUUGACAACGGAAGUUUCAACAGAAAUGUCCGGAUUCAGUACCACUACAGACUUUACGACUUCGAUUUCGUCUACUGAACCACCUUCUAGUACGGAUACCGAAACUUUGUCGACCGAUGCUUGGACAACUGAUUCAACCACAGAUUUUCCAUCCUCUUUUUACUCUUCAAAGGAUCCUUCGUCGAGUACGGUCACAGAAACAACAUCUUUUAGUACCUCCACUGAGAACACUUCUUCUAUUUCAACUUCCGAUCCGUCGUCUAGCAGCACAGAGACCGAAACUUUGCCCUCAGAUUUAUCAACAGAUGGAUUGACAACUGAUUUUACAGAGGCGACAUCCUCCUCCUCUACAUUCGAAUCCACAUUAAUUCCAACAGAAACAUCUGUGUAUAGUACAACCACAGAUUCGACUACAGGUAAUACAGAGUCCAUUUCUCCCACGUCUGAAGUGGAAACCACUUUAAAAUCCACAAAAGAACCCCCUGUUUCUUGGACAACUUCUGACUCAACAACCAUUACCAAUUCUCCAGAAACACCAACUGACACUUCUUCUUCUUCCAUGUCCACUUCGACGGAGUUUUCGUAUUCGUUUACUUCUACUACAGAUCCAACCAAAAAUCCAAAUGACUUAAACGACAAAAUGAAUAAAACUCAAUUCUAUGUGAUACUUGGUGUUGUUGUGGGAUUACUAUUGCUAUUGCUUCUGGUUUUCACUAUUCUCGCCAUCACAUAUGCAAGGAGAAGAAACAAUGUACCUCUUUUACCUUUAACUCAAGCACCAAGUGAAAACAGCUACGGAUCGCAAGAGAGAAGAGUGCGCGGGCUUUUACGUACUCCUUUACGUGGUUACUGAUUUAAAAAAUUUACCUCACACAUCCUUCAUUUUUAAAUAGGCCGAAUCAUUGAGUGAUUAAUUUGUGCUCUUACCGCCAUCCUGCAUAUAUUUCAUAAGGUGUCGAAUUGUUUUCCCUCCAAUGUAGAUAUUCUCAAUUUUUGUUUCGACUAUUGUCUAAUACCUUAAUUUAAUUCAAUCUGAAAUUUCCAAUCGAAUUGUCAUAUGAAAUUAUGAACUGUGUUCUAGAAAAAUUAGGAAGCGUCCAAUGGGAAGAUAUACACAGUAUUCUUAUCGAAAAUUCAUGUGACAGCUGUCAAAAGUAUUGACAUGUCAACUUUUGUUGAGCAAUACAGUGUAUGUCUAGGCAGUUUAGUGACUGUUGUUGACUGAA